AUGGUUUGGGAGGAGGGUAGUAAGGGAAAAUCGGAAAGAGGCGCUUCCGUGCUCGUGCUCGUGCACGGCGCGGGGCCCGCGUGGUCUAUGGUGACUUUGACUUCGCUUUUCACCGAGCUCAGCGGAGCGGAGUGUGCAGAACGGAAGACAAGAAUGGAAGAGAAAUACUUACCAAAGGGCAGCUGCAUGAAAAAUAGCUCUGAGGAAGGCGAGAGUGAUGAUGGUCUUGUUGAAGUGGGUGAUGAAGGCACAGAAGAAAUUGGAAAUGAACCUGAAGUUGCUGUGGACACAGAACCUGUUACAAAGAUGCCUAUUGAAGCUCCUCCUGCUUCUAAAGAGACUGAAAGGCAGCUUUCCAAGAAGGAACUGAAGAAAAAAGGGCUUGAAGAACUUGAAGCUGUUCUUGCUGAGUUUGGUUAUCUGAACAGAGAGAAAAGCAGCCAAGAUGGAACACAAGAUGAUGAACAGAUGCAGAAACCAGUGGAGUCCACUGGAGAACAACUUAGUGGCACAGAAGUAGGAGCUAGAAUAGAUGAAACUACUGCGACCGAGAACUUCGAAGAUAAUUCUACCAUUGACAUGAAAGAGCGGCUUAAGAAACUGACAUCCUCGAAAAAGAAAAAGUCUAGCAAAGAGAUGGAUUCUGCUGCCAGGGCAGCGGCUAUGGAGGCUGCUGUGACGAGUGCAAAGGUUGCCUCGACAAAGAAAAAGGAGAAGAAUCACUAUAAUCAUCAUUCAGCACGGUGA